AUGAAAGACGUGGACAACUCAUCCUUUCUGAGCAUCCCAACCGAUGUGGAGACCUCACGAGGUGAAAAGGUAGCUCCUUGGAGCUCUGCUGCAGCAGGGGCUGCGGCAGCUGGAGCGGCCGCAGCCGCGGCCCAUCACGACUUUGCCGAAGACCUUUGGAAAAGGUUGGUCGAUCGCAUCCCAGCGGACCCGCCUUGCUCAAUCGUUGAUGAUGCCUCUGCAUCCCCGAGCCCUAUCUCGCAGGACCUUGGUGACUCUUGUGGACACACCAUGAGUUUCUUCCGCGAACGCGAUGGACAGCCGUCCUCCAAGGAGAACGAUAUCGAUAGUCAACAGGCAGUAGGCCCGGUAGGCGCAGCGGCCCUGUCGACACAAAGUGCAGGACCUCCCGAGCCACCGUCCACCAGGAGACAGUUGUUCGUGGAAGGACACCUACCGCCAGAUGUCGCUGGGGGUCUCGCAUCUUCUGCAGACUUGGCGGAUGAUCUGCACCUAGAGGACUCCAUGGCGGAAGAGUUCCUCCAGUUCAGUCGCUUGCUGCGUCGCCAUGGCUUCCAACCGCCGCAGCCUUCAGGUGGACGCAUCGCACUGGAUGUAAAGGGCCUGUGGAGCCUUUGCACGGAGGUGCUCCAUGCAUAUGGCGAGCGCGGUCGCCGCUUGCAACAAGCCUUGCUUGGGGAGCGAUCCGAGGAAAGACAAAAAAGUGAUGGGCGAGUACAAGACUUGCUACGUCAAAAUUCCAAAUUGCAGGAGGAACUAAAUGCAACAAGGAGUUCCAGGAGGGAUCUUGCGGCUGACCGGGACGCCACGGCAAGCAGUUUGAUGACCUCUCCUACCAGGACGCAGCCAGCCCGGGACAGGGUGGACAAAGGUGCCCCGGAUCUUGCCUUUCGCACGCAGAAGGCUGAGGCUCUGGCUCGUCAAAGAGAACGGGAGCUCGAGAAGUUGAAGAAACGGCUGGAACAGGCACUUGCGGUGAAACGCAAGGAGAUGGAGUCCCCUGAAACCCGCGGCAAGAAGGUGAUCAACAAGGCUGACUGUGCUGAAACCACAUCCUUGAGGAAGCAGGUCAGCUCCCUGACUUUCCAGCUGGAGGAAGCUGAAGCCAAGUUGCGGCAAGCGGAGGCCGUUCAGUCGCGGCAGCGUGCGCCCUUGCCGCCCUUGCCGGCCUCGCCUGCGGAAACGCUGGUGAUGGAGGAGGCUUCUUCUAGGGUCGAGGAGGCCAAAAAGGCUUUGCAGGCAGAGAGAGAGCUUCGGGCUGACCUGGAGGAACAACUGCGGGAGGUUCAGCUUCGACAUGCCACAGAGAUGCGAAGCAUGUCCGGCUCCCUGCAAGAAGCGCAGGAGAAGGCUGAUCGCUUGCAAGCAGAGCUUCGGAUGAGGCACUCGAGCGAAACGACCUGGCAGCGGGAAGCGUCCAAGUUGAGGGACGAUUUAGUGGAGGCACGAAAGACUUGGAAAGGCAUGGAUGCUCGGAGUCUGAUGAAGCGAGACAAGGAGCUUCGCCGCUUGGGGCUUGAUGCUCAUGCGCUGGAGGAGUCGAUCCCAAAGGCUGACCUUCUGGACAUGUUUCUGGAGCUGUGCAGGGUGAUGAAGACCAACGAUAUGGCUGGCUUGCUCGGGGAGGUGAAGCGCCUCGAAACUUCCAGGCAAACCAACGUUGAAGCCUCACAGGAGAUGAUGCAGCUUGCACAAGGAUCUUUGGAUGCAUUGAAGGAGCUUCAUGGAAAAGCCUUGUCCCCUGCAGAGGUGCUGGGCGAAGUCAAGCAGAUGUGUACAAGGUUCAAAAGCAGCUCUUCACAUCGCAACCAAGAAACACAGGCAUGCUUGGAGCCAUCGGAUCUUACACAGCUGAAGCAAGGCCAGAAAGCUCAAGCAGAUGUGCUGCAAGGCCUUGCUACAGCCAUGGGAUGUUCUGCAGAUGAACUGCCUGCACGUGCUAAAGCCCUGGUGAAGAAGUGUCAAGACCAGGUGGCCGAACAUCGAACGGCCUGUAAGUUGCGUGAAGACUUGGCAGAGGCACGAAGAGCCUGGAAGUCAGUGGACACUCGAAGUCUCAUCAAGCGAGAUAAGGAGCUACGUCGGCUUGGCCUGGACAAGGAAGCGCUGGAGGAGUCUAUCCCGAAGGCAGAUCUUGUUGACAUGUUCUUGGAGCUUUGCAGGCUGCUGAAGACCAAAGACAUGCCUGGCCUUGUCUCAGAGGUCAAAAGCCUGUCAAGGCUCCAAGGAUUUCAGGGAUUCCAGGAAUCAUUGGAGGAACAGGAAGCACAAGGAGCAAAAGUCGGUGGAGGAAAAGAGGGAAAAGACGACAACCUGAUAGAAAGGAAAAGGGAGAACAACGAGAAGAAGGUCUAUGCUGCAGGUGAGCUGGCCAUCGAAUGUCAGAAGUGCAGAGAGACCAGUGAAGCGCAGGCUGAGAUGCUGCAACAGCUGGCUGCAGUGAUGGGGUGUUGCAAGGACGAAUUGCCUAACCGCGCGCAUGCCUUGGUCCAGAAGUGCCACGAGCAUUUGGCUGCACAGCGUCUGGCUUGUAAGUUGCGAGAUGAUUUGGCAGAGGCACGAAAAGCGUGGAAGGCUCAAACACUAGAUGCACAGGGGCGCCGGCGUCGCUUGGAACUGCCGGCAGAGGAGGAGCCGAAAGCUGACCUGCUGGAUAUGUUCCUUGAGUUGCGUAGGGUGGUGAAGACCCUGGUGGCCGAGGUGGAGAUGCUGGGAAGCAGGGAAGCGCCGAUGAUGCAGUUGGCACAAGGAUCUUUGGAUGCUCUCCAGGUUCUCCACGGAGAAACUCUGUCUCCAGAAGAGGUACUUUGCAAAGUCAAAGACAUGUGUUCGAGGUGGAAGGAAGCUCCUGAAAGCCACAAUGGCGACGAGGUCCUCAAUCAGCUGACAACGACUUUGGGCUGCUCCAACGAUGAACUCCCAAAGCGUGCUGAAGCACUGCUCCGAAAAUGUCAGGAAAACGUGGCGGCACAGCACAUCGUCGCUGCGUUACAGAAGCUUCUCUAUGUGGAGAGUGUUUCGGAGGUUCUUCCAAGCCUCAAGGAGGUCCUUGAUGUGGCAGCCCUGCGCCAGAAAGUCCUGCAAAGGGCUUCUCAAAGUUCAGGCCAGGGUCUCGCAGCUGGAGGAGCCUGA